CGCACAAACCGUGUUUGUCAAACGUUUGGUUGUCGCUUUGUAUUCAUUUAGCAUUUGUUGUCCGCAUCCAAGCUAAUUUAACAUCAAGUUGUUCAAGUAAUUUCGAAUUAAAACCGAAAAUUCCAGACCAACCACAAAAAUGUCGUUCAAAAGUAAUACAAAGGUGCAAAAAGUGAUGGUGCAGCCCAUCAACUUGAUUUUCCGAUACCUGCAAAAUCGUUCGCGUGUUCAAGUUUGGCUGUACGAAAAUGUUUCACUGCGUAUUGAGGGUCACAUCGUUGGUUUCGACGAAUACAUGAAUCUAGUGUUGGACGAUGCCGAAGAAUAUCACCUGAAAACAAAGAAUCGUCGCUCACUCGGCCGAAUCAUGUUGAAAGGAGACAAUAUUACGCUUAUCCAAAAUGUGAGCAGCUCAUCAUCGUAGAAGCACCAAAACGAGAUGCAAACAAAAACACCGACAUAUUGAGGUUAUGUCAGCGGCUGCCGCCAACAACAAAUUGAAGAGAAGAAAAAACAACAACACCGAUACAUUCAAUAAAUACGAUUUUUCUUUUUUUUUCUCAAAAUAAAAUUCAUGUUUAUUAAAAUUAAAAGAAAAAAAAAAAAAA